CCCGACAAAAGUGCUUAUUUUCCAAAAGCUAUUUUUUUCUCUCAUCUUCCUCAGAUAACAACAACAAUACACUCAAAUUCUUCAUCUAGUUUUUCAGAAAAAAUUGAUAAAACAAACAACCAACAAUCAGAUUCCGUUUUUGAUUUGGAAUUGUUUCAAUUUCGGUUUCGCGGCUCUAUUUGAGCUUCACGGCUAUGUUUGGUAUUCGCGAAGGUUUUUUGUUCAGAAACCAGAUCUGUUUUGCUUCGAGUUUGGAGGUUUCGACUCAGUGCGGAGUUUGGAUUCGAGCAGAGCUUUUUCAAGAUUUUGGUUUAAAUUAAAAUUAAAGCUAGUAUACAACAUCCUAAAGCUAAAUUGGAUGAGCGCUUACCAGUUCAAAUGAAGAAAAAUGCAGAUUUUAUCCUUUCUCGCAAGGAAAUUUGAAGACAUUUUUGACGUGGACCACUUCAUUGUCCGUAUUGUCCACGAUAUCCCAGAAUGGUUUACUGAUAAAACAGAGCUAUUUUCUAGUAUAAGGUUUGAUAGAUUCUUGUCCCUUUGAGUAGUGUCUGUUGAAAAUCUAAAUCCCAAGUUGCUGCCAGUGAUGAAGAACUAUUUACAUAUGCACAAGGAAUGUGUCAUGUAUCUAGUGAAAGGACUUCUUUAUACGAAAGUGGAGGAGUAAAUCUUAGCCAUUCGCAUAAUUAAAAAGUUCAAUUUUGUUUUUGGCAUUAAUAUAUAUUUUUGGUUUUUAGGUUUUUGUUUCAGUGAUUCAGCAGAAAAUAGAACUUCUCGAUUCGUAUUUCGAAUUUCAUAUUGAGAAUUUGAAUAGCAGACUUGGGAUCUCAUGGAAGCUGACAGACGGGUGAAUACAAGUGAUUUGGAUGAGGUCGCAUCUGCUUUUGGACCCAAGACUAAGCUUGUAUGGCUGGAGAGUCCAACCAAUCCCCGGAUACAAAUUUCUGAUAUUCGAAAAAUAGCUGAAAUGGCUCAUGCACAUGGUGCUCUUGUGUUGGUGGACAACAGUAUAAUGUCACCUGUAUUAUCCCAGCCAUUGGAACUUGGAGCAGCGAUUGCCACAGUGGUUACUGUUGCGGAAAUUUUGAAAAACAACAGGCUUGCUGUUGAGAAGAGUGAGAUACUAUUUUCUGUAUCCGAAGGAGCAAUUUACAAUAUCUUAACAGUGGUCCCUGCAUCUAAUCCAGAAGCAAACUGUGGCUACUUUAAAUGGGCUACUUCAAAGUCUAAGAAUAAAUAAAUUGGAAUUGGAAACAACUUUAAUUCAGCAGUCAAUGCUCCAUCUCAGCAUCUAAUUUAGCAACUCCUGAUUACAGAUAAAGUCCAUGGCAAAAUGGGUGAAGGAACUUUUGGACAGGUCUUAGAGUGCUGGGACCGAGAGAGGAAGGAAAUGGUCGGCAUUAAAGUUCUUCGUGCAAUAAAAAAGUGCUUUUGGUUUCAUCGGAGUAUCUUAAAGUCCCCGAUUACAAGGCAGGAAGCUUUAGAGAGAUAGAAGAUGUUGCACCCUUGAAGGAGAAAUUGGGAAGGCCAUUAUCAAAGCAAGAAAGAAGUGGGAUAGGUGUGAGCAAACUUAGGCUGUUUCUGGAAGAAAUACUACAAAAGAGGUUUGUGAAAAGUGAACCUACUUUAGUUCCACAAUGGUUGAGAAGUAAUGGAAGUGUUACUAGUUCAGCCCACCAUUAUGCAUCUUCAUCUAAUCACACUG